AUGGCGUCAUACGACACUGGUUGGGAAGAUGAACUAUUUCAACAUCCCGUUGGCCACACGUUGCAUUGUGGUAUAUGUCUGAAUGUUUUGAAGGAUCCAGUUUCGUGUCGACAUAAUGAGCAUUUGUUCUGUCAAGCUUGUAUCACCAUACAUCUCAUGAACUUUCAAACAUGUCCAUCGUGUAUGGAACCACUCACUGUCGAAUCACUGCGCCAAGCACCUCGGACCGCAACGAACUUACUUUCCGAAUUAAAGAUCCGCUGUCAAUUCUUCAAUCGUGGUUGCAGACAGUUUGUUGAAUUAGGAGAUCUCGAAAGGCAUGUCACUGACUGUGGGUUUGCCCCAGCAGUCUGCUCUAACGAAGGAUGCCAACUUGAGGUGAAUAAACAAGAUUUACUACACCAUGAAACAGCUGUGUGUGAACUACGCAAAGUCAAGUGCCACAAUUGCAACGAAAUCAAACAAGAGAUGGAUACAGUGAAAGUUAAUUUGGCAGCAAUGAAUGAAAAGUUGAAAGGAGUUGGGGAUCAGUUGGACAGAAAUAAGGAACAGACGCACAAAAAUCAGGAGAAUGUUAAAACAGAGUUUGGAAAUGUGGUCACAAAAGUUGAACUGGUUCAAGAACAACUUAACAAGCAGGAAGAAAGCAAUCGUCAGCUCCAAGCGGACAAUGUAGAAAUGAAGAGAAGUUUAAAUGAAAUUAUGAAACAACUCGAAAGAAUGACGCAACAAACAUCGCAUGAAGUUCAGACUGAAGAAAUGAAGAAAGAUAUCGCGGAAGGUGGAAUGGAUAGAGAGCCGAAGGUCCUUAUUGCUGGAGGCUGGAGUGGGAGAGGAAAUCUAAAUUCAGUGGAAAUGUUCAGUCUCUUAAACGCAACUUGGACACCACUAAAGCCAAUGAAAGAAGGUCGUAACAGAGCAUCUUCAGUUGUUCACAACAAUCAAAUUUUUGUCAUGGGAGGUGCGGGUAACAGUGGAGGAAUCAAGUCAAUUGAAAAACUAUCACUGAAUGCUGUUCAAGUUGAUCAGUCCAUAACUUGGGAUUCAAACGUUCUGGCUGAGUUACCUGCACCAUUGAAUGGACAGUGCAGUGUAGUUUAUAAUGGACGGUUGAUAGUGAUUGGAGGUUUUGAUGGUAGUAAAUGUGCAUAUUCUGAUCGUAUUACUGAGAUUUCCCUUGUCCCACCUUAUACCAGUAAACUGUUGGCUACCAUGCCACAGGCAAGAUAUCUUCAUGGUGUUGCAAUGUUUGGUGACAAAAUACUGAUUCUUGGAGGCAAGCACAAUCAUUCUUCCAGUACAAAUCUUGCAAGUGUUUUGUUGUAUGAUAUUACUAAGAAUAAAUGUAAGGAGUCAGCAGCCCUCCCCUACCCCGUGUCUGCAAUGGCCACAGUCAAGUGGGGUGAUGACAGUGUGAUCAUAGCGGGUGGUGUUGACAGUAACGCUCAACUAUUAAACAAAGUUUUAUUAUACAACAUGAAGACCCAGAAGAGUCUUAUGUUACCAGACAUGAAGUAUAAGAGGAGAGAAUGUGUGGCUGCAGUUGUCAGAGACACUGUGAUUGUCAUGGGAGGCCAUGAUGAAACACACUUAAAGUCUGUAGAAUGUUUUCGAUUUGAUCGCUAUAGCUGGCAAGAACUUCCUGAAAUGCAGGAAGAGAGAUCCUGGGCCACUGCAGUUGUAUGUUAAUUAUGUAUUGCAUAUAUUGGCAUCAGGGGCGGAUCUAGGAUUUUUCGUACCUCAGUCAAAAAAUUUUUGGCGGACGGGGCGUUAUCGACGCUGGGCGUGGUCUCGACUGGGCGUGGUCGACUCCAGGCGGGGGAGUGGGCGCUAAAUAAUUUUUAUGCUGGUAGUCCGCCACUGGAUUUUUAGAAUUUUCCGUACGUAAAAUGAGAAUCCCCCCCCCCCCUCCACGUAUUAACCUAAAUCCUAAUUAACCAAAUUAUAAAACAUAUUUAGAUUAAAUUGAUAAACUCAAACGAACAUUCGAUUCUUAUCCACUGUAAGAAAAACUACAAAUGCACAAAAUAUAUUGAUCCUAUUUCAAUACAAAAUUUUAUAGAUAUGUUACAAUUAUAUAGUACUUUAAAACUCAGCAGCAAUUUAAUAUGUUUGCCUGUGGAUUAAUGAAUCGUCGUCGUAUUGGUACUAUACACUUAUAAGUAUAUCAUUGUAAAACGUCUAAAAUCAUAUGGCAGCAAAUGCAUUAAGGAAAUAUACUAUUCUGUUACCAAAAACACAGAACUAUACAAGUAAUUGCCAGUAGCUCUACAAAACAACCACAUAUUCAUUAACUGAGUUAAAGAUGUUAAGUCAAAUAUUAAUAAACUAAACUCUUACUAUUAAUAAAGUCUUACUGUGGUCUAUAUAUUGAACACAAAAUAUACUAUUAAUAAACUAGUAACAUCAGAACGGCUACCAGUCAAAGAGCUUUUCAAGCCACCUAAUCACAUCAUCAUGUUACACCAGACCAAUGCGGUCUAUUAAACAAGCCAUGUCGAUAGGCUAUGGAUAAACAAUACUCUUAAGGCGUACAUGUUGUGUGAUUAAUGCAUAAAUAUAAAUAAAUUUUAAAUAAAACUUCACUAACAUGAGAAUUAACAAAUGCUUACAAUGUAGACAUUGAACAUUAACAUAUUUUAGCUUCUUCACGCGAGAAUUAUGCUAAUACAGCAUAGCGAAUAUAUUAAAAUAUCAUAUGUCAGACAAUCAUUAACAACACCGAUGGCUUGGUACUCUGGUUUAUAAACCUUUAAUAUGAACUAAAGAUACAUCACUAUAAAACCAUAAAUUUAUCUACCUUAUUGCAGUGCAAGCUUUGUCUUUCUCUAGCAGUGGCUCUCUGCGCCAAAAUUUCUAGCGAGGCUUCGGCUUGUAUUGUUGAUGGCGCCGCUCAGUAGCUCGUCAACAAAAUUCGUCCGUGAGGCAUCGAUAUUCUUUUCAAGCUCCGUAGCCUCCACAUACAAACGUUGUGUAGAGAUUUCAAAUCGUUUGCCGCAAUCGCAAACUGAACAUUGUCGAAAUGUUUCCAGAUAUCGCUGGUAGAAAUCGCUCGUAAUAGUAAACGUUCGAAAUAGUAAACACUCAGAGGUAAACACUGAUGCCGUGUUGACGAAUACCUCACGCUGCGAAUCCGUCGAAAAUAUAAGCCAAUGAGAGUGCAGAAUUUUUUUAAAUGGUUCAAUCAGAAGGCUCAUACAGAGCCCCUGAAUCUGCAAAUCCGUCAGGCCUCCCCACAGAUCCGUCGCAAAUCGCCGUAACCAUGGAAAAGAGCGUGUCAGCCAAUCAGAUAGCUGGAUUUAACCCCCGAAUCCGUCAACUUUCAUGCGUAAGACCGCUGUUCGUGACUGACUAACAUUACUUUGCCGAAGCUCUGCUGCAGCAUGAAACGUAUAACUGGACUACCGGUACCGAUUCAAAAUUUUAGUAACUCGAUCUACUGGCCACUAUAGAUAGCUGGAGUCAAAUUUUUUUUAAGUAGGCAAUUUUUACUUCAGUCGCGCGACUGAUUUGACGACCCCUAGAUCCGCCCCUGGCAUGCGAACUAUUUCGUUCAAAGUCUUUGCACAGUUUUACUUUAUUCUUUACAGGCUCAAAGAUCAAUGCACAGUUUUACUUUAUAUGACACCACAGUUUAGCAUCAUAGACAUAUUUCCCUACGGAGAAAACUAAAUGAAAUGUACAAACAUCACAUUAUAGGACCACCACAACUAUAAAUAUGUUUAUGAACAAAAAAUACGUUGUGAUGUUGUGAUUGGAGUAAGACAGUGACUGAUUGGUUCUUUGCCUUUCACUUUAGAAGCCACUUUAAAAACUGUUGUGCAUUUUUUUAUCACAAUCCAAACAUAUGCCUUGCAUAUAUAUUUGUGGCUUCUUUUAACAGGAUAAAGAAAAGCUUCUCGAGAAAGCGAGACUUGAGAAAGAGAAAGCUGCAAUUGCUAUGAAAAUGCGCCUGGAAGAAGACCUGGAAAAUAGGAAGAAAUUGAUGCAAGAAAAGGUGUAUGACGAGAAUUCUUCAUUUUUGGAGGCACAAGAUGACAGUCAGAUGACUGACAUUAGUCAUGAAACUUUUCCAGGUAUUAUAUGUAUAUAUUUAUAAGUUUAAAUACGAUAAAGUUAACUAAGAUAAAAUAUCACUAAAAUCAAUAACAUUGUAAAUAUUUACAAACUCAAAUAGACUUGCGCUUUCCAUGAGUACCGUGCAAUUAAAGUACAAAAAGUGGCAUUAGAGAAAAAACGGCAUGCCAUAUGGGGGCUUCGGUGGCGCAGUCUUCAGAGCACCUUUCAUGAGAUCGAGGGUUCGAUUCUCGCUACUGACUCAUGUGAGAAGCUCUCCCGAAAAUCGUGGGUUUUCUCCGGGCGCUCCGCGGUUUCCUCCCACAGAGAAAGUUGACAAGGUGGGUUAGGAUAAACGCAGUUAAGAAAGUAAUCACAAUUGUUGUAAAAAUAAGUAGUCUAGGCUAAGUAAGUAACAUAAGUUAGCGUAAUACUUGAUGUAAUCGGUCACUUAAAAGCCCCAAUCCCCAGUGAGCUGAAUAAUGUGAUGUGAUGUGAUGUCAUGUCAUGUCAUGUCAUGUAAUAUGCAUGGCUUCUAGAAACAUAGCUAAAGAUUGAUUUAGCAUGGUGUUUUGAGUGUAUUUCUCAUUUAGUUUUAGUGGACAAAAUUAUUUUGGCAUGACUAAAAUCGGGGUAUUAGUACUAGAACAACACUAUUAAGGAUACUUAUAGGAUCGCUUAAGUAUAACUGAAACGGUUCUUAAAUAAGUGGUGUGGGACGGUGGAAUAGCAUGCAGAUAUGCCCUCAGUGUGUAUAUAUACGUUAGGAUCUUUGUAUAGUUGUAUGUUAGUUGACUCAAAUGUAAUUUUCUUCAGAUUUCCAAGAACCACUGGAAGAAGAAGAGAACCAUACAUCUCCUGCAUCACAUCAUCUAGCAAGCGCGAUGGGAGUGAAAUCUCAUCAUAUGCAAGUCAUGAAAGCGUCAUUUUUUGGACAGAGUGAAGAACCUCAGCAGUAUAUCAACAACAAUGAUAUGAGACCAAGAGAGUUUCGCCUGGGAAAUAAAUCUGUCUUGAAUUCCACCGGUUUUGAUGAAUUUGGUGGCAAGUCCAUACAUGAGCGUCCUAUUUACUCUCCAAUAAAAACCAAAUCAAUGACUAUCUAUCCUGAGCCGCCAUCGCGAGAUGAUACAAGAACUGCGAAAGAAAGAAGAAUAGGUUUGAUUAUUUUAUUAUCUCUAAACUUUACGAAGUUGCCUAUACAAACACUGUCUAGGUAUUUGUAUAGGCAAUGCCGAGUUUGUCUAGGCAAUUGGCAACCUGUAUCGACAUGAUUGUAAUUUUUAGGAAAGGUUUAUUGAUUUCCUAUAAUUACCUGUCUUUUCGUUUCUAGAGUACGAAAAUUAUCGCAACAAACCACAAUGGUACAGUCUUCCUCAACCCAUUUUGCUGCCAAGUGUUGUUGGCAGUCCAUCAGAGACAGCCUUGAAGGCGGCAGGCAUUAGGACCCAACCGGCACUUGUUCCUCUUUCUCGAUCUGUCACCGCUGGCAAGCAUCAUCUUAUCGCAGACACAGGUCUAACAAUGGGACGAUCAUUUCGGGUGGGAUGGGGACCAGCCUGGACAUUGGUGUACUCUUCGAGAAUAGUGAGCGCGUCACCAAACUCAGCAGAUCAGCGUUUAGGACAUGAAAUAGUGCGAGGCAGUCCAUUAAUUGCAAGAUCGGUGAAUAACAUACCGUCCAGUUCGUUUGCGGUCAGUUGUGGGAGAGUUAACGUUAGCCCAACAAUGAAAUGGAAUUCCGAUGUAAGCCAGGUAUGGGACAACUGUUGAUUAUAUCCUGUUGGAUGGGUGGAAUUCUAAAUAAUUUUACAUUUUGUCAUGAUUUGUUAAUCGCAGCUUUACUUACAUUGGAGGCUACACCCCCUCCCCCACCUUCCUUAGUGUUCGCCACUAAGUAAUACUCGAAUCAUAUAUCUAGGCUCAGUUGAUUGAAAGACUUGAGAUUUGUCUUGCUAACAUCAGUCGUGAUGAAGAUGACAGCUCGCCAUAUUUCAUUCCUGCUGAAGGUGUAACAGCACUUCAUCAGUAUGCAGAAGCUGGUGCCAAAAGCAAGGAAAUGUUAGGUAAUAUAUGUUACUAAUUACUAUAAUUACUAUAAUAAGAGCGUUUAUAUUAAUUUGUAAAAUUCAUGAAUAAUUAAUAAGGCAACAAACAAAUCACGAUGCGGUAUUUAGGUCACAUGUGCACACUUGUAAACCGCAUUAAAGAUCAGUAAUUCUUGUUAGAGGGAUGUUUAUGAAAGUUAUGAAUACUAAUUCAGAAGCAGGGAUGUUUAUGAAAGUUACCAAUACUAAUUCAUAUUUUAAAUACAUGUUAAUGAAUCGUUAGAUUGUCCCCAUGGGCAGUGAAUACUAAUAAAGUAAACAAAUAAAUUCAUUUUACAAGCAUUGUAAAUGCCUAAAAAGAGCAGCUGCUCAUAUUUUAACUAGUACAUGCAUAAGCUGGUUGAGGUAUUUGCUAUUAAACCAGGCCCAUCAUAACGUGGUUUCUACGAACAGGCUAAAAUAGUACUAAUCGUAAACUGUCAUCCGAUUGCUUUCAUUGAGAUCGGAUGAGAUUAUUGUUAUAUUGAACAUGUUGGUAUACCUCCAAUCUAGAUCAGGAGUUGACAGAAUUUCCAGGAAGAUAGAGGCAUGAGAAUGGUUCCAGAAUCAUCUACUGACUAAUAUUUUCAGUAAAUACGAAAUGAGAGUUCUUUCAAAAGACUGAAUAACUGUCAUUUUGCAGGGACAUCUUAUUCACAUGCAAACCGUGCUUAUCAAACCUAUUAUGGAUAAAGAAUAAUGAAGAUAGUAAAUUUCCGUGGCCGUUUAACGGUUGUGUAUCUAUUUACUAUGGAUUUAAUAUUUUGCAAUUUUUUGCAGGUUCUGGUACAUUUAAAGAGUCAGCCGACAUAUUUUCUUCAGUCAUGGACUUAACCGUUGCACUGUGGGGUAAUUUAUCAAUGUUAUCGAAAGACUCUAUGGAUACAGGUUAGAACAUGACUUUGUUGUUUGUAUCUUUUAGUUUGAGUGUUAUUGGUAGGUAGCUUUGACCUCAUUUUAAAAGAUAUACCAAAACGUUAAAGGGAACAAUAUGAUGUGACUUAAAACUAACCUGGUUAUCCUAGGUUUUGUAUCAUGAUGUGCCGAUCAGCAUUCAAAAUGAUCUAGAAGAAUAUUAUUAAGGCCUAUAUCUACACGAUACGACUAGUCGUAUACGAUUCUUAUCCUGGCGCAUGUAUUCGAAUAAAUGCGUGUAAAGAUGUAACAUUUCAAACUUCGCCAUAAACUGAUGAACGGAAUAGUGGCGUCAGCAAUCGUUUUCAUACGCCAGGAUAAGAAUCGUAUACGACUAGUCGUAUCUGUAGAUGGGCCUUUAAGAAUUAAGAAUUAUUAUCAGAGAGCUGAAGCUAGUGACUUUUUUAUUCACAAACGCCUGUAAGGCAAUCGGGCAGUUAUUAUAGAUGGUGACUAACUCUACGCUGGAUCAGGGGGUUUCCUGUUUUGCUGAAUCUGUAGCCUGCACUCAGGCGCAUAGUAGCUUAACCGGGCUCCCCCCAUGUCUUAAAACUCAGUUGACAGCAGAAAACCUCUACACCUAGGGUAGCCAUAUCAUUUGCAUGUUAUAUCAAACAAACAUUUUGUUUAAUCUGUGGCUAUAUCAUGUAUAUGUCUGACGUCCGUCGCUUCCUUAAACUCUCUGCAUGUUAUUAAACCAAAUCCUUUGACAGAAAGACCACCCCACAUGAAAACUGGAGAGAGAGACUCUAUUUUAUGAGAAAAAACUUCAAAGUGUUUUCUUCUGUGUCGAAACAUUAUUUUUAUGCUGGCGAGCAAAGUACGAGCAAAACAAUCUCAUGUUUAUAUGAUUUUUACUUAUCGUGCUAACAGCCUAUAGCUUCUCGAUGUUAUUUUGUUGCAUUACUUGCAUAUACGAUGAUAACACUAGUGCAUGUUAUUAAAGUAAAGAAUUGUGUAAUACUUAUAUUUUUACUUUUUAAAUACUUUUAUUUAUCAUUAUUUCGUCUGGAAUUAUAAAAAUGUAGACGCCGUAAAUAAUCAGUAAUCACAAUACGUAUCUCGAUUUCAUGUAAAGUAGUUAUUGCAUAAAUUGAUGAAAUCUCAGUAUAAAACGCUCUCUAUAUAGAUAGCGAAGACAUGUCGAUGGAUGAUUACGAUGAAGCACUUGCAAGGAAGGAAGCGCUCUCCAACUGGUUAGCGAAAACAUCAUGGAGUGUUAUAAAUGAAGAAAUUGAAAAUAUUAAAACUAAGGUUGGUAUAGGAACUUAAUGCCACUUAAGAUUGAUAUAAGCUUACUUGCCAUUUUGUGCCCAAAUUCCUUCCCACUAUCUUCUCUCUGUUUUAUUAUGAUUAUAAUUUACUCAUUAUUAUUAAAAAUAUAUUCCACAACUAAUAAAAAUUGAAAUAAACCGUCGUACUCAUCUCAAGCUCUCGACCACCACAAGCUCUCGACCAUCACAAGCUCCUCACCACCACAAACUCUCGACCAUCACAAGUUUCCAAUCAUCACAAGCUCUCGACCAUCACAAGUUCCCGACCACCACAAGCUCUUGACCAUCACAAGCUCUCGACCACCACAAGUUCCCGAUCAUCAGAAGCUCUCGACCAUCACAAGUUCUCGACCACCACAAGCUCUUGACCAUCGCAAGUUCCCGAUCAUCACAAGCUCUCGGCCAUCACAAGUUCUCGACCACCACAAGCUCUCGACCAUCACAAGCUCUCGACCAUCACAAGCUCUCGACCAUCACAAGUUCUCGACCACCACAAGCUCGUGAUCAUCACAAGUUCUCGACCAUCACAAGCUCCUGACCAUCACAAGCUCCUGACCAUCUCAAGCUCCUGACCAUCUCAAGCUCUCGACCAUCACAAGCUCUCGAUCUCGACCAUCACAAGCUUUCGACCAUCACAAGUUCCCGACCAUCACAAGUUCCCGACCGUCACAAGCUCCUGACCACCACAAGCUCUUGACCACCACAAGCUCUUGACCACCACAAGCUAUCGACCACCACAAGCUCUUGACCACCACAAACUCCUGACCACCACAAGCUCUCGACCAUCACAAGUUCUCGACCAUCACAAGUUCUCGACCAUCACAAGUUCUCGACCCCCACAAGCUCGCUACUAUCACAAGUUCUCGACCACCACAACGAUAAUUUCCGUAUAACAUUCAAACAAUUUCUACUGAUUUCAGCAUCUUACGUUCUUUAUGAAAAUUAUGUUGAAUCAUCUAUGUGUAAAUUACCAUGUGUAAAAGUAGGUGUACCUAUUGCGAUUUGCCAUACAUCCGCAAAGUGCUAUUUUCCUCACUAACCUACCUGAAGCGAGGCCUAAAUUGCAAUAUGUAAAUGUACAUAUAGUUUACUAUUUUAAAAACUACGGUUAUUUUCUUUUUAUUUGAAAUACAGGACAACGAUCAUCUCCGUAUCGUAUUCUCUCUCCUUACUGGAAAACAGAUGAACGCUGCAUGUCAGGUUGCGCAAUCUAAUGGUGAUUCGAGAUUGUCGUUAUUGUUAGCACAAUCAUCAGGAAACAUGAUUGUAAGACAGUGGUUGUUGAAGCAGCUUGAUGAUUGGUUAGAGCACAAGGUACUGUAUAUGCAGUUUGUUGUAGUUGGGGCUUUUGAACACUACGGCUAGCGGCCGCUAUACGGACUGCCUUUGCAGCUGGAUAGAUUACGUCCCAAUAUAAGGGGCUGUUUAUAUGAUCUCCGCGUGCACUAGAGACACCCAACUGACCCAAGCUACCGUACGAGAGGCAAAAUUACAUUCAAAUUCAAGUGUUUAUAUGGCAAGUUUUAAACUCGUCUUGGCAGUAAGGUUAACUCUGUCAGAAUAGUAAUCACUCUGUUAAAAAGAGGCUGACUUUACAGGGGAUUUUGUAAACAGUUUGCCUGGAAACCUUUCAGACCUACGCAUGCGCAUACCCAGUCCAUUCCCUUGGUUAUGCACUCUAUAAUCAAGUUUGAAGCAAGGCCGUAGUGACAGUAACAUUGAGUAGGUCUCGGUUAGCAUACAUGCAAAUGUUUGUUUUGUAAAAUAUAAUAUCCGGAAAACUGCAUCUUCUUUCAAACAAAAACGGGAAAUUUUGUACUUUCUGGAAAGGAAAUUAUUUUCCAACACGCGUUGUCUGAGUCGAUGGUUGUUUUCUGAACUGUCUGCUGGUAAGUUUGAGAGUGAUGCACAAACAAUGCUCGACUUUUGACAUAUCGGUUCACUUAAAAUAUUUCAAUAUUUGUUUCUAUGGCAGGUUGACAAGUUUAUCACAGCAGACAGAUUAAAGAUAUACGCGCUGCUGGCAGGAGAAAUGUCUUGGCGUAGUAUCAAGGUUUGUCAAGACUUGGAUUGGAAAAGAGCAUUUGCCUUGCAUUUGUGGUAUCAACGUUCCUCCAGCGGCCUCGUUCCUGAUGCUAUGACGUCAUAUGAGAACUCUUUUAAAGGUAGAACUAGUACGGGUAUCUACGCCGCUGAACCCAGUCCGUCAUACCUUGCGGGCACUCAAGCGAUUUGGCCCGAAAGAGACGCAGAAGAAGAAACCGAACAAAAACCAUGUCGAGAUACUUGUUAUCAUCUUAUAAAACUGUUUUGUAAACGAUCUCACAGACUGGAGAAUACAUUAGCACCAGCAUCGUAUACCAGAUACCAACUUGAUGUUAGCCUCAGGUAAGCACCAUUCCCAAUGGCGUUUGGUUGUAGUUUGUUUUUAUUUUAAGGUACGUUUACACCCUGCGAUUUGUCGUGCACGAUUCGUGUUCUGAGUAUGAAAAUUUUCAUUGGUAGUUAUGAAACAGUACUGGUUGAGCUUGAGCAAGACAGUUUUGCCACUCUUUGCUUAGCGUGUCUUCCCGUUAUCGAUUCAUGUGAAUCUAUAUGUGAAUUGUAAAAGAUUCAUGUCUCGCUGUUUGUCAAUACUGACCCUAAUCGUUACCCUGACCCAGACAAAAACAGCGAGAUAUGAAUCUCAGUAUAUCUUCGUUCUUCUGAAAACGAAAAAUCUAUAUCUUCGUUCUUCUCCUUUCUUAUGAAUCUAUAUAUUUUUUGUUAUGAAUCUAUAUCUUCGUUCUUCUUCGUUCUUAUGAAUCUAUAUCUUCCUUCUUCUGUUAAUCUGUAUCUUCGUUCUUUUUUUCUUCGUUUUUUGUUCAGGACGAAGUUCACGGCGAAUUUUGCCAAAAUAUUCGUUCUGAACGAAAGCAGAAUUCAUAAAACAGGUAGACAUGAAUCCGUAAUCCGUCUCCAUCUGCGGCCAAACUCGGCAUGCGUAAGAUAAUGCGCAGACAUGCAAAAAUUGUCGAGUACAUCUUCGUUUUCGUAAUUCGUUCUCUUGCUCAAACUCUCUACUGCUACCCGUCUCUACUGCUAACCGAAGCAUAAUAGCUUAAUUGUUGUGUUUUUAAUUUCAGCCGUAACUAAUUUUACAUGUUGACAUAAAGUAAACAGAUAUAAUAUACAUAUUGUAUAAUGUAUACAUUUAUUUUUCAGCUGGCAUCUUUAUCAGAUUCUUCGUUCUGUCGGUUACAAUCAUUUGUCGGAGUAUUAUGCCAGUUACUUGAAUACAAGCUAUGCUGCACAACUGGAAGCAUUGGGUCUGUGGCACUGGGCAGUAUUUGUUUUAAUGCACAUUCAAGAUCCUCUCAGGUAA